UAGCCGCGUUAAAAGAACUCGGCACCGUCACUUCCCUUCCGGUCUUCUUCAGAGUAAUCACGAACCAUUCCUGAUCCUUAUCCACUGUCUACUAUUAUAAAUAAUUCUCUGCAAAACUGGCGCGCAUGGUUUAAACUUCCCUUCCUUAAAACCGAGGGAUGUUCUUUAACAGGCCGCAAAGCGCGACGACGAGGCAAGAGACUGAGAUGAUAAAUAAGGCCCAACGGGCCAUACACGCAACCACGGAUUCUAUAGAUAAAAUACGCCUGCUCUGCCUGGCCAGAGGUGCCAAUGGCAUCCUCGGUCUUGGUAGAGCGUUCCGUCGCAUGGACGACGACGGCAACAAGAAGCUAAACAUCGAGGAGUUCACGAAAGGCUUGGAGGAGUCAGGUUUAGACUUUUCCGACGACGAGGUGAAAGAGAUCUUCGACAAGUUCGACACCGAUGGUGACGGGAACGUCAGCGUGGACGAAUUCAUCGUUGCCAUACGGCCUCCGAUGUCGCAGAACCGCAGGAACGUUGUGGAUCAAGCGUUCAAGAAAUUAGACAAGACCGGGGACGGCGUGAUCACGGUCGAUGAUUUGAGGGGCGUGUAUAACGUGAAAUGUCAUCCGCGUUACAUAAGCGGAGAGGAAAGCGAAGACAGCAUUUUGAACAAGUUCUUGGCCAACUUUGAACAGAACAAUACCAGAGACGGCGUCGUCACAGAAGAAGAGUUCAUGAACUAUUACAGUGCUAUUAGCGCGAGCAUCGACCACGACGCGUACUUCGAUUUGAUGAUGCGAAAUGCUUAUAAGCUCUGAACUUUGUACACAGCUACAGUCAACUCGGAAUUAUCGGCUUUAUCAAGGACGUUAAGCUUUCACGGUCAAUGCCAGGAGUCAAAGAAUACAGCAUACUUAUCUGGGGCACAAUUGUGUUCAUUAUUUACAACCCGAGCAGUGAACGUAUUCAACUGUCGGAUAUUAUAAGGCCUCCCUUAUGCAAUAAUUAAUGAUUUUCAAACGCUCGCUAUAGUCUGAUUCUUUUCAUACACGGUUGUCCCGUGACUAAGCUAUUCCGUAAUGAAGGCAACGAGGAAAUAAUCUUGCAAAAUAAGCUCCAUUGUUCUUCAUAAGCGUAGAGCAGCGGUUCUCAAUUCGAUCCAUAGGCGUCCUUUGAUGCUCUGCAAGUAAAGUUCAUUUGUGAGUUAACUGCACCGCGUUGGUCACGUUUGAGAAUCACUGCGUUGAAUUAUUAUCCUAUUAUACAAUUAUAUGAAUUGUAUGAGUGCAUAGUAUGUAAGGAACAGAAGUUGGUUAUAGGGUCCAAUACAGUGUAAACAUAUAUUUACUUACCCGAAGUAACGAGAUAUAAGAGGAACAAUUAUCCUGUUAAAGAUUAAUUAAUAUUUUAACCGACGUUUCGCGCUAUCCAAUGUUAUUAUAUAUUGAAAGGGCAAGAGAAAGAAUACUUUAAAUAUUGUACUUCAUUCCAAAUAAAAGUUUGUUCACUCUAAUGUUAUAAAAUAUUAAAAUAACGUUUAUACUUAACCAUACUGUACAGUCAUUUCAGUAUAAAGAAAAUACCAUCGGCUUUCAUUACUGCGUUUAUCUGUGUGAAAGUAAUUAUUGCGAUUAUAACGAAUUUUUUGAAGUUAUUUAUUACCCACGUACCAGCCAGCGGUAUCAAGAAACAUCCUUAUCGUGGAUGAUAAAGAACCAAAUAGCAAACUACAUUGUAUCUCAAUCAUUAUCAAAUAAAGUCAA